AUGACAGAGGAAGACCCCAGCAGUCCCCAACGGCUCCCGGAAGACGUCAUGUACGUCCUCUUAGGACACGUCGGCGCCACCUUCAUCCCUCCCUACCUCGCCCCAUUGCUGCGCGUCUCCCGCUUCUUCCACAAAACGCUUAUUCCCUUCCUCUACCGAUUAGCAAUUCUUAGCCGACGGAACGUCUCCGGCUUCUUCUACUGGCUGUCAUAUACCGACAAAAUUGAUGACGAUGAGAGGGAACAAUGGUGGCAAGGAGACCUAGCGGACAAAAAGUCAGCAGUUGCGAGAAGGCUGGCUAUGCUGGGACAUGUGCAGGGUGUCUACUUUGAGGAUUAUGUCACUGCAAGGAUGUUCAAUUCAGGGGUCUCUGCGUUUCUCGCGCAGGGUCUGGACAGCCCGCCCUUGAGUUGGUACGGGUACACACCCAGCAGCCGAGACGACUCUUCUCCCGCCCGUCGCCUCCUCUUCUAUGGCCGCGCUCCCACCAUCGUCCACCUCUCCCACAAGUUUCUAGGGGGUUUAGCAUCUACCGCAUUGAAAGACGAGGACCGACGGGUCCAGACAUUUCAAUCAAUGUUGGGGCCGUUUGGAGUGUUGUCGAUCCGACAGCCAGAAGAUCUCCGUCGACCGCAUUUGUCGUACGUGCGCAGUUAUGUGGGACCAAUUUGCCGAAGGGUUAAGCCCCUCGUGCUGUUGAUCAACGACUACGACAAUAGCGGCCUCGCCGAGAUACUGUCCUCUUCUCAACGCGGUAUUGCAAUGCGCCUCCGGGGCAGUGCGGACACUCGGUCGAUUGCACAGACUGAUGAAGUCGUAAAGUUCUUGUCGCGCGAGCCCCUCUUCUACAUCAUUUAUAACUUUUCGAUGGACGAGGCGAUCUACGACCAUUCUAAGGGCGAACGAGUCAGAAACUUGAUCCUCAACCGUGCUUUCGCGGCGGCCUCCCAAUCCCCUCAAGAGAGGAUCGUGAGGCUGAAGGUCAUAAUGCAAGGCCCCCAGUCGGAUGCUGCCACGUUGCCGAGGAUGAUGUAUGAUAUAUUUGAGAUGAUGAAGAAAGGUUGA